UCUCCCCCAACCCAUCGCCGGAAGCACACAUCCCACGCCUUGCCCCCAAGAAAUGGCGAAGCCGCCGCCGGCAGACGAGGAGGAGGAGACCGCGGCGCUGCGGCGGCGCCUGAGGAAGCUCGUGGCGACCGUCACCGCCGGGUGCGCCGGCGCCGACGCCUUCGACGAGGCCGCCGCGGCGCUCGCGGCGCUGAGGCAGGCGGAGGUCGGCGGGAGCGGCAAGGGCGCCCGCGGCCCUGGAGAGGAGGCCCGCCCCGCGGAGGAUGCGGACGCGGAGGCCGUGCCGGCGCAGUUCCUCUGCCCGAUUUCGUCCAAGAUCAUGGCGGAUCCCGUCGUCGUCGAGUCCGGGCAGACCUAUGAUCGUCGUUUCAUAGUGAAGUGGUUUAGUGCAGGGAACCAGAUGUGUCCGCAGACCAAGCAAGUGAUCUUAAACACAACCCUCAUUCCUAACCUCCUCAUUCGAAGCAUGAUAGCACAGUGGUGCACAGAGAAUGGGUUUGCCUUGCCACCACUUGAGAACCAAGAGGAAGAUUAUGUUAGCAACAGUGAGCGAAGAACAUUUGAUGAAAUAUUCAACAAAAUAACUUCGUCAUCAAACAGUACUGAACAGAAACAAGCGAUCAAGGGUCUCCGGCUGCUUACCAAGCGUAGCAGUGAAUUUAGAGCUCUUUUGGAAGAGAAGCCAGAGUCCAUAUCACAAAUGACCUUUGCGCGGUUUUCCACCCCAGGAUUGCAGAAUGAUCCACAAGUAGUGGAGGAUAUGGUGACUAUAAUUCUCAACUUCUCACUACAUGAUAGUAAUAAGAAGAUAAUUGGAGAUGACCCCGAAGCUAUCCCAUUUCUCAUAUGGGCACUAAAAUCGGGAGACAUGGGGAGCCGCAGCAAUUCUGCAGCUGCCAUCUUCACUCUGUCAGCUCUUGACUCCAACAAGCAGAAGAUUGGUGAAUUAGGGGCAAUUGAACCUUUGAUUGAUCUUCUUGAUCAUGGCAGCAUCAUAGCAAAGAAAGAUGCGGCAUCAGCGAUUUUCAAUCUAUGCAUGCUUCAUGAGAACAGAUCAAUAGCUACAAACUGUGGGAUUGUUGAUGUGGCACUGAGAGCCAUUGGAGAUCAGUCACUUGUCGAGGAAUCCUUGGCCAUACUUGCUUUAUUAUCAAGCAACUAUGACAUGGUAGAGCUGAUGAUAGAGUUUGGUGGUGCCACUUGUAUGCUCCAGGCAAUAAGGGAGAGCGAGUGCAAGCGCAGCAAAGAGAAUGCAGCGGUAAUCCUCUUCUCAAUCUGUAUGUACAAUCGGAAAAAGGUUAAAGAGGUCGAGGAGGACGAGAAUACAAAUGGCUCAUUGGCUUCUCUUGCACAGAAUGGGACUCCAAGAGCCAGGAGGAAGGCUACCGCUAUCCUUGAGAUGAUGAAAAGAGCAAAACCCAUGCACAACAGGCAUAGUUCUUGUUAGAAUCGGCAACAGAGAUGCAGUUGGAAGAGCAAGGAGGAUGCUUAUUUGAUGUAGAUAUUGAGAUACAUACAUAGCUAUCUUCCUUUUCAGUACAUAUAGGCAUUGUGUAGAUGCAAAGCUAGUGUUAAAAAAGGGGUUCUCAUUGGAACAGGUGGUUCUUGGUGUUCCAAAAAUACAGCAAAACAAACUUUCCCUAGAAUUUUGAAGACUUUACCAGAAUUAA